AUGGUUAAGGCAGUUAUCUUCACCGACUUCGACGGCACAGUGACAUGGCAAGAUUCGAACGAUUUCCUGACGGACAACAAGGGCUUCGGUAAGGUCGAGAGAGAAAAGGUAUUCGAAGGCGUGCUGGAUGGCAGCAAGUCAUUCCGCGACGGAUUCUGGGAGAUGCUGGAGUCGGUCAAGACCCCUUUCCCAGAGUGCGUGAAGCUACUGGAGCAAAACAUCGACUUGGACCCUGGAUUCAAGGACACCUACGAGUGGGCGCAGGAAAACGGCGUUCCAAUUGUGGUCAUAUCAAGUGGUAUGCGCCCACUGAUCCGCGCGCUGUUGGAGCGCCUGGUGGGCCCUGAGGCCAUUAAGAACAUCGAGAUUGUGUCGAACGAGGUCGAAAUCGACGACGACGGGCAAUGGCGCAUUGUGUACAAGGACGAGACGCCUUUCGGCCACGACAAGUCCCGCAGCAUCAAGGCCUACAAGAAGAAGUUCGAGGCUGACGGCGAGCACCCCACCUACUUCUACUGCGGUGACGGUGUGUCCGACCUGAGCGCGGCGAAGGAAUGCGACCUGCUGUUCGCGAAGCGCGGCAAGGACUUGGUCACCUACUGCAAACGUCAGGACGUGCCUUUCCAUGAGUUUGACACCUACGAGGACAUCCUGAAGAGCAUGAAGCAGGUGCUCGCGGGCGAGAAGACCGUGAAGGAGCUCAUGCAGAACUGA